AUGGAGGCGAUUGCAGCCUUUUCUUUCGCUGUUAACGUUAUUCAGGUCGUUGAUUGGGGCCUGAAAGCCGCAGGGGUUUGCAAAAAGGUAUACGAAAGUGGACAAAUCGAUCAGGUACAAAACCAGAUCGUGGUUAGCUUGAAGGAAGCUCUAGAAACACUCCAAAAAGAUAUAUCGGCUCAAACACAGCCAAUCACGGCGGGUGAUCACGCCAUUUUCUUUAUUGCGUGCAAGUGUAGAGAUGCCGCGAACAAAUUGUUAGAAAAAUUAAAUAUAUCUGCUAGCCAUAGCGACGGCAAGAAGAAACUGAUGUUAACGGCAAAGUUACUCCUCAAAAGUCGAGCUAUUGAGAAACUACACAAGGAACUUGUUUCCUACCAAAAAGCUCUAGAGACACAAAUACUCCUUGACCUAAGGAGGAAAUACGAUCUAACUCUACUUCGUUCGAAUCCCGAUUUCGAUAAUACGAGCAGCGACAUUCAGAAUCUCAUUCUUAGGCUGCAGGAAGACAAAACAAGAUUUGACCAGAUCCUGGAUCAGAAACUUGAUUCUAUCUAUACCAGAAUAAAUGAAGCGCAAGCACAUGUGCAAAUACCGAAUGUCGAUGCUUCCCAUCCAUCCCCUAACUACGACCAAGAGCGUUUCGUUCGUGUCCUUAAGAGCUUAUUUUUCCCUGAGAUAUCUUCUCGCGAGGAGCAAAUAGAACAGACAUACCCUAAAACGUAUCAGUGGGCACUAGAGCCUAGAAACGAACUUCUAGACGGCGACGACGAAGCAACACCAAACUUAUUACAGUGGCUUGUGUCUGGAUCUGGUCUGUUUUGGGUUUCGGGAAAAGCAGGAUCGGGUAAAUCGUCCUUCAUGAAAUUUGUCGCCAGCAAUAAAAGGACCAAUGACGCAGUUAACUUGUGGUCGGGCUCUAAGAAAGCUAUCACUGCGACGUACUUCUUCUGGUCUCAAGGGACGACACUCCAACAGACACAGCGAGGCCUUCUACAAACGGUCCUUUACCAGGUACUAUCAAAGAUACCCGAGUUAGUAAAUCUCUUCGACGCCGAUCCAUGUGGUGGUGUUCGCCAGUGGACAGAGCAGCGUUUACUGCAAGUCUUCAAAGCAAUUUUGGCGGACGUCGAGAACUCGCCGGGUCUUUGCUUAUUCGUCGACGGCCUAGACGAAAAUGUAGAAAAUCCUACUGAGGUAUUGCAGCUCCUGUGCCGGAUGACAUCUAUGAAAAAUUUCAAGUGUGUCAUCAGCAGUCGCCCAUGGGCAAUCUUUCAUCGCAUGCUGAAACCAUACCCUCAAAUACGUCUCCAAGAGCUUACGGAAGAUGAUAUUACACGCUUCGUAGCGGGGAAGAUUGAAUCGGCAUGUAAAGUCAAUAUGCUACACAAAUACGAGCAAAAAGUCUUAACUCAGUUGUUAGCCUCUAAUGCUGAAGGUGUUUUCCUAUGGGCUAGCCUAGCGACUACGUCUAUUAUUGAUGGUAUAAGGAAUGGGGACGACUUCGAUGAAUUGCAUUCCCGAAUAGUCGAAUUUCCACCCAGACUUAAUGAGAUGUAUCGCCUCAUUUUGUCUCGGAUUGAUGAUAGAUAUAGGAUACAGGCGACUCGGAUCUUUAAACUCCUACAGUUGAAUCGUCCGCGCAACCUCCUGGGAGUUUCGGUACUAUCCUUGGCACUUACAGAUCUAGGAACCAGAACAUAUGCCAGGCCCCUUGAAGAUAAUGCUGUGGCAAUCGUCCUGAAGGAGUGCAACCGUACUUUAAUGCACGUACAGCAAAGAUGUGGAAGUUUACUGCAUAUUUCGUCGAAACUACCUUAUGAAAAAGAAAUCCCCAAUGAAAUUGACGAUAUAGCGGUUGCCGAAUGCAUAGAGGUUACCUUCAUACAUCGGACUGUCUACGACUUUUUCCGCCAAUCGCCUGAAGCACACGAGUUCACCUCGAGUGAAUCUGACGGCCUCUGGGAUCCAAUGGUAGCUCGAGCGAGAUCAUACAUCCGUAAAAUCUGCGUAUUCCACAGUCCGGUGCAUUUACUAUCUACCCUCCGGGAUUUCAUAGAUAAUGGGCGCAGCCUGGCAGAAGCCUUGUUGGCUAUUCGAUGUAUCCAGCUAGAGAAGGGCGAGAUACUAAGCAUUUUAUUAGAGCAAUUGGAAAACCAGGGCGAACAGCUCUUACGUUCGAUUACACGACAGUGUGGCAUCCUUGAAGAACUGCACUGGUCUUCUCCUCUUUCCCUCUCCUCCGGCGAUACUGAGAAAUUGGUGAACUUUUACAAUAUAACCUCAUCGCUCGAGCUCUAUGCGAUGUGUGGGCUUACACCUCGAUUAUUGCCUGAACUUUCGAAGCUAUCCAUGAAACAAUGUACAACGCUCAUGCACUAUACUUUGAAUGGACUAUCCCCACUCCUUCGCCCAUAUAUACUAUCGUCAAUAAGCGAAGACGUCAAUUUCUACAAAGACUUCCAAGGUCGAGCCCAGCUUAUACUCGCAUUAUUAGAUCGGGGAGUUAACCCUAACGGUAGGGCAGAAGUGGAAAUUGUAAACUUGAUUAACAACGACUUUGUAUCCACGCCUAGUAUACAACGGGAGACGGCAUGGGCGCGUCUUCUGCAAGUCAUAGCUCAUGCAUUCGAUGACAGUGUUUUCAUCGAAGAUACAGUACCAACCUGGGUUGAACUGGUAAACGAGUUUUUAAAGCAUGGCGCAAAUCACCGGGAACUCGUUCCAAAUCUAAGGCAUCAUAUACAAUUCUCAAUCACGAUUUAUAUGACCCCAUCCUUGCCAUGGAUGUAUCAUUCACGCGUCGUUUUUAAUUAUCAGGCACAGCCGUUGGACAUAAUUAGAAACUUUAUACGCAACGAUGAGCUUACCUACAACAUAACCCGCACUCUACAGUCAACCGGCCAUUAUAAUCCUGUUCAUUUGAAUAAUGUAUAUUUCCAGGCAUCCUUGGCCAGUAAAAGGUUGCUAGCGAAAGCCUUCGAUAUCGAUAAUCCCAUUUACUUAACUGAUGAAGGCACCUGGGAUGUUAGCCAUGGGGCCUUGGAUCAUUUAGCCACGGAUAUACUGGGUUUAUCUAAAUACAAAUGGGACAAUUCCGAUACUACCGGUACUUCAUGGCCCAGCGUUAUGACCGGACCGCUCACGACAGGCCACAACUUUUACUGCAUUAAUUUCAACAAGGGCUUAUCGGGGGGAGUAGCACCUAAUCCAUUUGUUGAUGUUCUGAGAAAGGUACUUAGGAUCCUUAACGAAUUCCCUCCCCUACCUCGAGAAGCUGGUCCUAGUAUCUUCCGCGAUGGAAAAUAUAUCCUCGAGAGGUAGAGUUAUCUAAUACGGCAUGGUGUAAUACUGUAAGUUUAUCUCAAUAUCGCAGAAUAUAACAUUCGAGAUUUC